CGGCCGCCCCGUCCUGGAGCGAGCGUCCGAGGCGCCCGGCUUUCUCCCUGCCCGCAGGUCCAGCAUGUCCGCCUCGGCCUCUGCCGCGGACGGAGACGGCGCCCCCGCCCAGCCCGAGUCCGAGAAGGAGCCCGACCUGCCCGACCCCAGAGCGGAGAGCGAGGAGGAGGAGGAGGACGACGACGACGACGACGAGGACGAGGAGGAGAAAGAAAAGAGUCUCAUUGUUGAAGGCAAGAGGGAAAAGAAAAAAGUAGAGAGGUUGACAAUGCAAGUAUCUUCCUUACAAAGAGAGCCAUUUACAAUUGCACAAGGAAAGGGGCAGAAACUUUGUGAAAUUGAAAGGAUACAUUUCUUUCUGAGCAAGAAAAAAACGGAUGAACUUAGAAAUCUACACAAACUGCUUUACAACAGACCAGGCACUGUGUCCUCAUUAAAGAAGAAUGUGGGGCAGUUCAGUGGAUUUCCAUUUGAAAAAGGGAGUAUCCAAUACAAAAAGAAAGAAGAAAUGUUGAAAAAAUUUAGAAAUGCCAUGUUAAAGAGCAUCUGUGAAGUUCUUGAUUUGGAGAGAUCUGGUGUAAAUAGUGAACUAGUGAAGAGGAUCUUGAAUUUCCUAAUGCAUCCAAAGCCUUCUGGCAAACCAUUGCCAAAAUCUAAAAAAACUUCUAGCAAAGGCAGUAAAAAAGAACGGAAUAGUUCUGGAAUGGCAAGAAAGGCAAAGCGAACCAAAUGUCCUGAAAUUCUGUCAGAUGAAUCUAGUAGUGAUGAAGAUGAAAAGAAAAACAAGGAAGAGUCUUCCGAUGAAGAAGAUAAAGAAAGUGAAGAGGAGCCACCAAAAAAGACCUCUAAAAAGGAAAAAGUGAAACAGAAAGGUACUCCUAAAAAUAAAAAGUCUGUAAAGAGUGCAAAUGUUAAGAAGGCAGAUAGUAGUACCACCAAGAAGAAUCAAAACAGUUCUAAAAAAGAAAGUGAAUCUGAGGAUAGUUCAGAUGAUGAACCUUUAAUUAAAAAGUUGAAGAAACCACCUACAGAUGAAGAGAUAAAAGAAACAGUGAAGAAAUUAUUGGCCAAUGCCAACUUGGAGGAAGUCACAAUGAAGCAGAUUUGCAAAGAGCUUCAAGUAUAUGAAAAUUAUCCUGCUUAUGAUUUAACUGAGAGAAAAGACUUCAUAAAAACAACUGUAAAAGAGCUAAUUUCUUGAGAUACAGGACAGAGACAGAUGACUUGUUCCCAUAGAUUUGAAGAUCUGAUUUAUACCAUUAUACCAGCAAAGAGAAUGUAUUUCCUUUUCUAAAUUCUCGUUAAGGAUUACUGCUGACCUUUUUUUUAUCUUGAGUGUUACAUAAAUCAGUUUGCCGCUUUAAAUUGCAUUUCUAUGCAGUUUUUAGUUUAAAAUCUUGCAUGGCAGUAAUUGUUCCUUGCUUUUAUAGUUGUACUUUGUACAUUUUGGAUUUCUUUAUAUAAGGUCAUAGAUUCCUGAAGUGUUGUGGGUUUUAGUGCACUUAACAUUAGACUGCUUAAGACAUAUUUUAAUCAAGUAGAACAAAACUAUUAUAGCCAGCAUUUAUACAUGCAGAGAAUUGCAGUAUUUACUAUAUAUUUUGAAUACACAUUUUCUUCUGUCAAUGUGAAAACUCAA